CACCGGGUGGAGAGAAGACCGGGGAGAAGCCUGGAAGCCUUGGCCCAGGAUGGAUGGAACGCGGAAAGGAGCCCGAGGGACUGGGUGGGAGAACAAGAGGACUAGCUCCUCCCCUGCGGGAUCAGGGGCCUUGGAGCCGGCAGGAGAAAUCCUCCCCAGCCCCGAAGCCAGGGAAGGCAGUAGGACCCGGAGGCGGAGCGGCCCCUCCCGUCUCCUCGAGGGCGGGCACAGGGAGGCCGUGAGGGCCAGGCCCUGGUUUUAGGUCCACGACGUCUGGGCUUCCCCGCCACUGGGAGCUCAGCAACAGAGAGCCUUGCUAGCAGAGCAAGGGCCCUUGGAGGCCCGCGCUUUCUCUAAAAGUGAAAGGAGUGGGCGGGGGGCGCGGCCGAGGCGGGGCCCCGGCUGGCGGCGGCGCAGGCUCCGCCUCGGGGCAGUCUCCAGCCCCGGGCGCCGAACGUCUCCAGUCCCCGCCGCGCCGCGGGCUGGUGGGCUCCACUGCGGCUUUCUGCCGGGAAAUGACCCUGCCCGGGGGCCCGACGGGCAUGGCGCGGCCAGGAGGCGCGGGGCCCUGCAGCCCGGGGCUGGAGCGGGCCCCGCGCCGGAGUGUAGGAGAGCUGCGUCUGCUCUUCGAGGCGCGCUGCGCCGCGGUCGCUGCUGCCGCCGCCGCAGGGGAGCCCCGGGCCCGCGGGGCCAAGCGGCGUGGGGGACAGGUCCCCAACGGGCUUCCGCGGGCACCCCCUGCCCCAGUGAUCCCACAGCUGACUGUGACAGCAGAGGAGCCGGAUGUACCCCCGGCCAGCCCCGGGCCGCCGGAGCCGAAGGGUGACUGGCUCCCAGCCGUGGGCUCGUCGCACCUGCAGCAGCCGCGCCGCCUCUCCACCUCGUCGAUCUCCUCCACUGGCUCCUCGUCGCUGCCCGAGGACUCGGAGGACGAUCUGCUAAGCGACAGCGAGAGCAGGAGCCGCGGCAACGUGCAGCUGGAAGCCGGCGAGGACGUGUGUCAGAAAAGCCACUGGCAGAAGAUCCGGACCAUGGUGAAUCUGCCGGUCAUCAGCCCUUUCAAGAAGCGCUACGCAUGGGUGCAACUGGCUGGACACACGGGGAGUUUCAAGGCGGCAGGCACCAGCGGGCUGAUUCUCAAGCGCAGCUCGGAGCCGGAGCGCUACUGCCUGGCACAGCUGAUGGCCGACACGCUGCGCGGCUGCGUGCCCGCCUUCCACGGCGUGGUGGAGCGUGACGGCGAGACCUACCUGCAGUUGCAGGACCUGCUCCACGGCUUCGAUGGGCCCUGCGUACUUGACUGCAAGAUGGGCGUCAGGACUUACCUGGAAGAGGAGCUGACCAAAGCCCGCGAGCGGCCCAAGCUGCGGAAGGACAUGUACAAAAAGAUGCUGGCGGUGGACCCUGCAGCGCCCACUGAGGAGGAGCACGCGCAGCGCGCCAUCACCAAGCCGCGCUACAUGCAGUGGCGAGAAGGCAUCAGCUCCAGCACCACGCUCGGCUUCCGCAUCGAGGGCAUCAAGAAAGCCGAUGGAUCCUGCAGCACCGACUUCAAGACCACACGAAGCCGGGAGCAAGUGAUUCACGUCUUCGAGGAGUUUGUGCAAGGGGAUGUGGAAGUGCUGAGGAGGUAUCUGAACCGCCUGCUGCAGAUCCGGGACACCCUGGAGGUUUCUGAGUUCUUUAGGAGGCACGAGCAGGUGAUCGGCAGCUCGCUGCUCUUCGUGCAUGAUCACAGCCAUCGCGCGGGCGUGUGGCUCAUCGACUUCGGCAAGACCACGCCCCUCCCGGAGGGCCAGACCCUGGACCACCGGAGGCCCUGGGAGGAGGGCAAUCGCGAAGAUGGCUAUUUGCUAGGGCUGGACAAUCUCAUUGGCAUCCUGGCCAGCCUGACCCAGAGAUGAGGCUGGGUCCCUGUCCCCGCUCUGACCGGCUGGUCUGACAGAUGGACCUUCAGGUUAUGUCCCCGCCAUGCAUGCGGACGAGAGACUGAAACCCUGAGGUUGGGAUGCUCACAGGGUCCUGCAGGGCCAGGUGCCAACCACUAUGGCAUUGCACGCAUUGGGGCUAUUCCCCAUUCAAGCCCCAGCGGGCCCAGAGAAGAUGACACUAAUUUAUGGGGAUAGACUGGGACAAUGGGCUUCUUCCUCAGCCCAGCUCUGCUGAGGGGCCUCUGUACCUCUCCAGAGAGGCCAGAUAAUGAACUUUAUGUCGCAGGCACUAGCUCUAUUGGUCCAACCUCCCACACUACAAUGGACUCCCCUUCCCAAUAAAACGCGAAGAC